CUGACAAAAACGAAACUAUCAUCCAGUUUUCAGCGUAUAAAGUGUCAUCAAGUGUCAAAAAAAUUGAAAUUUUGUACGACGGUGAAAAUCUAAAAAUCAGAAAAAUAAAAAUUUUCGAGUCACAGUAUCGGAGUUAUAACAGAAUGGCGUUUAUUCGAUCGAAUGGAUCAUAGGCACGAUAUUCUGGAUUAAUAAGAAUUUAAUUGUUUUGUAAAUCGGGUGUGUGAAAAAAGUGGACAGACGGAGCUAAGUCUUUUUUGUGUCGUCGUCGUCGAUCAAAUAAGCAAGAUGGCCCCGUCUCCAGAACUCGGUCAACCAAAGCCAAAAGCUCCCGAUAAAGUGGACACAAAACAAUGUCCGGCCGACGGGACGACCAAUAAUAGUGUGGACAUCCAGAAAUCGGCCAACGCCACCCAACAGGACACUGAGAACUUGGGCAGUUGGGAAGAUACGGAGCUGAAAAAGCUGCUUGACGAAGCUUUCACUUACAAGCGACCCAAAGACCGGGAGCAUAAGAGUGAAAUUUUCCGAGAACUUCUUCAAAACGUUGAACAAGAAGACAAACUCCACCACAAUUACGUAUCGAAUCGCUUUUUGGGUCGUUCUGUGCGCGGUUCCAAUCGUCAUACGCAAGGUGGAUCAUUACAGGAUUUAGCCGAAACGGACAAGCAGGAUCAAUUGCUGGAAAGUGACGGUAUAAUCGGGAGCCAUUCGCGUCGGCAGCAUAAUUCGCGUCAAAAGAAGUACUCAUCGGUGUCGACCCGGCAGCGUGAAGGAGGCAGCUUACCGAGCAACGUUAACUGUAAUCCAUAUGAGGAUCACUUUUCGAACGAUUUCGGUAAACGGGGCAUAAAGAACGAAAAAGCAAUUUUAAUGAGUGGUGGCACCACGAGGCAGGACGGCUUCAAUCGUGGUGAGGAUUCUCAGCAAGAGGGGAAAGCUGGUCACACUGUCAUAGAGAUGGGUGAUGGGGAAGUGGACGAAACGUGCCAUCUGUUAGCGCAUGAUUCGUUAGCUCGGGAUCCUCAUAGUUCCGAUGAAGGCACCGAGAUGAGCACUAUAAAAAGACUUCCACGUCUCGGUGUGAACUAUACGGGUCACCACUAUCUCGAUUUGGAGAUGAUGAAUGAAGUGUCACGCAUUGACAAAACGGUUCAAUUCAAUUCGUUGAAAAGUGGUAACAAACCAUCGGAUGUGAACAUUCAGCUGAAUAAGUCUUAUGUGGCCGUUAACAGUUGCAUUGACAGCAAUUCGAUGAGCGGGCUUCCAUUGGUACCCGGACAGAAUCCAAAGUUUGCAACGUAUCACCAUCCUCACAAUAUUCAUUUGAUUGAGCAAAAGAAUACCGAUGAAAACGGUAAUGCCUUGCAAACGUUCAAUUCAACAUUGCCGUCGGGUCAGCUGGCCAAAAAGGACGGCAAGAAAAAGAAAACGGAACGCAACAUCAAAUCAACCAUUGCUGCUAAAGAUAUUGAAGGGAACCGUGGUGAUGACAGUAUCGAAGAUCUGGUAUCGUUCAUCGAAAAUGAUGAUACGCAUAAGAACGGUGUCAUGAACAAUAACGUUAGCAAGAGGAUGUUGCAGCUGGACAAGAAGGGCAAGAAAGGUGGCACGGACAACAAGAAAGAGAAUUCCGGUAACAACAAAUUGAAGAAAUACAAUUCAAUGGAAAAUCUGAAGAGUGCCAGUAAGCUGGAAGAGGAGAAUUCUCAAUCGGAGAAUGGUAGAGAAAGUGCCGUCGUGCUGCGUCAUAAGCAACAAAUGAAGAAAGCGGCCGAAUUAAAGGAAAACAAGCAACAACAGCAGCAACAUCAGAAACGCGGUGAACGUCGUUCGUGGGGCACCGAGGAGCUAACCUAUUUGGGCGACACCAAUGCUAUUGUCAAAGAAACCACUGUCCGGGAUAAUGAUGCAAAGGAGAUUCGUAAGGCAAAGGAUCAUCAGAAAGCAAAUAAGAAAAAGGACGAGCAACCGGAAUCUCUAGUCUCCAGUGAAUCGAUAUUAGCGCUUAACGAAACAGCUGGAUUUCACGUAGUCACCAAGAAGAAAAAGCCUAAGAAGAAGCAAGAAGAAAUACGACAGAAGCCACUGUAUCACGGUCAACAUUCACAGAUGCAGGGCAACCGGUUCCGUCAAUCAAGUCAAAACUACUCAACCGACCGCGAUCCGUAUUUAACGCCACUAAAUUUAAAAUUCAAACGAAGAAAAUCAACGUCAUCGUCGAUGCCUCCAUCUGAAAAAUCAGAUAGCAGUGAUGUCGACUCAGUGCAUUCAUUGCCAAUUGAAUCGAGCAGUCGUUCGAACAAUAACGUUCCAACCGCUCCACCACCAACAGCUAACAACACUUCUCCUGCAUCCUAUGCGGAAAUUGCGAGAAUAUCGCAGCAAAGCAAGCAAGGUGUCUUGGCCACAUCUUUAGAUAAGUGGCCGACUGUAUCCAAUGGUAAAAAUCCCGAAUCGCCGGACAACUCAAAUGUGAGCACUUGCAGUACAUUAAGCGCCAAAAGUCAAGGCUCCGUUCGAGGAAAUAAAUUUUUCCCCGAUGCCACCGAUACGACUCAAGAAUGCGUUUCGUCAAACAAUUCGAAUUCGGUGGCCGCCAACGCAACGAAGGCAAUAUCUUAUUCGCAAAGUCUGACGGAAGAUAAACCGCAUAAAAUUGCCGAUCCAGUAAACAUGCACGAGGAGGUGAUCAAACGAUCGUCAAACAGUUUAAGUGUCGCGACCAAUAAUGCCGACGUUAUCGUCAAAUGUGCUAGUGAUAUCAAUCAGAAAAAUCCGCUGCAAAAAUCAAAAAGUGUUGACAAUGACAAUUAUGUGAACAUGAACAUUGAUCAAUAUCCAGCCUUGGAAAAGACAGUGAAACCGCAAAAGCAAUACCAAAGUAUGCCCGCCGUACAAAUAAACAACGUCAAUGCCAAUCAAACGAACGUAGCCAUCUCUUCCACCAAAACCUCGUCUAAAUCCACUAAAUUGUCUUCACAAUCUCAAUCGAGCCCGGUAGUAGUCAAAUCAAUCGAAUCAAGCACAACCACAACCACAAAUCCAUCAAAGAAAGCUAAGUCAACGACGUCACCGAACGCAGUUCAUCAGUCGGCAUCCAGGGACAAAUGUCAAUUGGAAGCGCAGCCCGAAUUCGUAUUCCAUCAAAACGACGACACAUUGAAAGCUAAGCCAUCCGUCGAAUUGUGUGAUGUUAGUUUUUGUGCAACGUAUCCGCCUCAACCAUUGCAUACAAGCAGCACCACCAAAAAACCAGUUAAACGUGAAAAAUCCAGUCAACUCACCGCAACGCAAAACCAUUUGAACUUUGAUCGUAAUCGUCCAGCUGUGAUUAUUUUAGAUAAUAACAACAAAUACGGCCACAAUGUGAGCCCACUGUUAUUCGGUGAUUUCGAAGAAGACGAAGUGCGUCAAUGGGACCAAGAUUCUGAACCACCAUUUAUCAUGCUAACGAGCCAGCAUCAAACACAACCAUCCCACAAACCGUCUAUUCAAUCCAAUCAAACCGAAGUAGUAGCAACAACAGGCGCCAACGACAAAUUACUGUCACCGCAAUCCGAUCUUGGUUAUUCUUCCUCGUAUAGUCGAAACACAACAGAAUUAUGUUGUGAAUAUACUACCAAUACAGGGUCUGUAGAACAGACAUUGGACGUAGCUAGUGAUCAAAUGCAAUCAAACGUUAGAUGUUCGAGUAGUUGUAGCAAUAGUGCCGGACUAGACCAAGUGAACAAUAAUACGGAACCAAGUGUUGACAGUAGCAGUGUUAGCCCGAUCAAUAAGAGCGAUGUCGUUGCGGUGACUCUGUCCGGUCGAGACAAAAUGACCAUAGUGUGCGAGGGUGAUUUGAAAUUGUGUUACAUUAAGCCGACUGUUUCGAAUUUGGACAACUACAAUCACGCGAGAAUUGUUGAUUUUAUUGGAUUGGCUUGGGAAGAUAUAAAGUAUGGAUCAGCCGAAUUUUACAACGGACAAUAAUAAUCAAUUCUUCGCUGGAAGGAGCAGUCACUCACACAUGAUAAAAUUAAACUAAAAAAAGAGAGAAUAAAUUUUUAACAAAAUAAACCGAAACAAAAACAUUAUAAGUGUAAAUGUGUAGAUAAAUGAAAAUGAACUAAAAAACAAAAACAAUUUCAAAAAGCAAAGACUUCUAUUUAAGUGGAUGAGAGUAAAACUUGUUAAAUUAAUAUUUAAAGAAAACAAAAACAAAAACGAAAUGCUUUCCUUGUAGUUUCUGUCUACGAAGGACAACAAAAAAAUUACUUAAAAAAACACACGAAAGAAAUCAGACUUUCCCAAAUUUAUUAAAGUAAUAUUUAUUGAUGUUUGUUUAAAGGAAAUAAUGAAAAGAUUUAAUUGUUUCUAACAUAAUAGUAAAAAUCCUAUAAAAAAAAAUCUAAAAAAAAAAACUAAACGAAAAAAAACCCGUUAAUUUCGAUGUGAGAAAUGAGAAAUGUGAGCUCUUUAAACAAAUCAUAAAAGACAUGUGAGACAUUGAGACAUCAAAAUACUAUCAGACACACAUCCAGAUUUAUAUUUUUAAUCAACGUUAUGCUGCCGUAUAUCUAAUGAUGAAGCAAUACACCACACUUGGAAAUUUGGAAAUUAUUAGCAUCUUAUCACCUGUGACCCGUCUACAAUUUGCGGAUAUCACGGAUACCACUUUCUAAUUGUGCGGCAAAUCAGCGUUCAGGAGAUGCAGCAGACAAAUCCAGUCGAUUUUGGUUCUUAAAUGUAAAACCUUACGGACAACGUUUUCAGAAUAUGUGCAAUGAACUGUGCGGGAAAUAAUUGAUGAUCAACGAAUUUGCGAAUUUCUGACCCGAAGCAGACAAUUCAAUGCAUUGAAUUGACAAUACAGACCGAGUUGCCUUGUUCAAUGAACAAGUGUCGUUCAAUUUACAUAAAGUAGUUGAGAAUCGAUGCUGCUUUCAACAACAACAAAAAAAUUGGGAGUGAAAUCAGAAUGACUAUCGUAUCGUCUUAAAGACAACUCGACAACUAGAAAACCGAAACCGAAAUCAACCAAUUUUUUUUUGCUAGUUUGUUUAUUAUUAUUAUACAAUUUAUCACACAGAAUCGCACUUUGGCUGGACGCAUUGUUUAAAAUUUAAAAGAAAAAAAUUGUUGUAAAAUAGAGAAGAUGAAAAACCAACACUCAGUUUUAAUGGAAUACGGCGAUAAAGCAUCUAGCACUUCGAAUUUUGUUAUCGAAAAAUCAAAUUUUUAAAUUGUCAAUGAACCAAUUAUUUACAUUGAAAUACAGAGCCAAACAAUGGAGAACCAUACAUAAAUUGGUGGGCCAUUUUGUUUUUAAUGUAUGUAAACAUUUUGCUUAGCAUCAUUAAAUUAUUCGGAAGAACGAUUGUCCAGACAUUAAUUUUGAUUAAAAAAAGAAAAGAAAAAAUUAGAAUUUUAUUAUUAGUUUGUUGUUAUGUAUUAUAAUAUACUCGUAACUCAUUUAUCACGCAGCCAGUUUCACUCAUGUUCCACAUUUAUAAUUUAAACAGAAAAAAAAGCAAACAAUAAAGAGAAAUUCGUUUCGAUGGAAGAUA